CACGAUCCAGAAGUGUCCCCCUCGUCGUCGUCCCUCGUGGUUUUUUACACAAGCACAGGCGAGUAGAAGCUUCAAGUUUGGCUUUUUCGAGGUGCUUAGUCGGGUCCGGAAGUUACAAGGCUCUGUCACAAUGUUCAGGGAGGAUUUUCGCGACCGUCGUGAGGACUUGUCACGUGACCUUGACUCCCCUCGCUACCUCCCACCUCCGCGAGACCUUUACUACGACGACCGAGUUCGUGAGCGGAGCUACGGCGAUUACGAUGACAUUGAUCGAAAACGCUAUGCACUCCCUCUUGAUGACCCUUACUACCGACACCCGUUUGAUGAUCUGGAGCCCCCUCGUAGGGGUCGUCCCCGUGGACCCCCUGCCCCCCUUACCCCCCCUCCCUGCCAUGUCCGGUGACGAAACGAACCAGGACCCCACGACCGGUGUGGUCGUGUGCGGCUCUGUCAUUCUCAUCCCGACUUCUCCGUUCGACAAGAAACCGAAUGUUCGCACGAAACAUGGUGUUUGCAAAACAGUGUUUGUGGGGAGCCUGCCAGACAACGCCACCAAUAAGCAUCUGCAGGACAUGUUCAGUCGGUGUGGAAAGGUGAUUGACGUCCGGGUGUCAAAGGGGAGGAAUUUCGGACACGUUCAGUUCGAGCAGGAAGAGGACGUGGAGAGAGCUCUGCAACUGAGUGGUUGUAGGAUCCGUAUUGGGCCUUCAAGCUCGCUCACGGACACGGGGAGAAUUCACGUCGACUAUGCCCAGCCACGCUCCGAAAGCGAAAUGAGUAAAAGAGCAGAAUCGUCGGAGCCACUGCCCUACAAUGGGACAAACGCCGGGAUGAUUUCGGCCGAUCUACACGGCGAAGACACGUUCUGGGUGGCGGCUAAGAACGUGAAGACUUGGAUCGAGCGGGGCAACUGUAACGCCAGCACGACAAACAUGUUCUUCGGGCUCAUCAGCAGCUGCAACACACACUCACGCAAGAUCGCCAAGAAAGUCAAAGAGCUCGAGAAAGAAGAAAAAGAAUUUGCCGCCAUUCGCAAAACCAAGUGCGAACGUCUCCUGAAAGAAAGUAAAGUGGUGAAAGAGGUUCUAAUGGCUGCCUGUGCGCAGAGGACUGCAUGGGAUGGGUUCACUAAACCACAACGCAAAUCAAUCAACCAGUGGAAAGAUGCUGCAGCAAGUCUUUCGGAGGAGAUGCAGACUGCACUGGACGGAGAAAAAGACACAUCGGGUGGAGAGGAACCUGCCGCCAAGAAAGUCAGAGUAGCUACCCCUGAACCAACCCCAGCGUACGAGGUAAUGAUGGAAGACAUGAAAACAGAGCACGCUGCAGCUCUCAGGAAGAAAGAGACGCAGAUUAUGCAGUUGAACACACUCAUCAGUCAGUUCAAACAGAAAUUUCCGGAAGAGUGGGAGAAAGCUAUUGGCGGCGAAGGAGGUGCCAGCAAUAUGGAAGUGAAGGUGGAAAUUGGGAUGGAAGAUGGUGGAGACUCUAAAGGCGACUCCCUGGCUGCUGAAGCUGCAGUUUACGCCAAACUACGCUCCGUUCUAGGCUCGACAACAGACGAAGCAAAAUUGUCCGAAUUCUCCGAAGCAGAAAUCGCCAUCAUAACCGUCCUCAGUACCUAUCUCACUGUUAACCCUCUUGGAGCCACCAUGGACGAAAUCGCGGCCUACUUCAACAGAUACAACCCCGCGGUCUCGGGCGUGUACUUGGAGAGUCUGUUGCAUCGUCUCCCGCAGGUUUUCCAGGUGGGGCAGCAGGCGAGCGGCGAGGAGAAGAAAUGGUGGUUUCUUGGGUUCCAGACCUGUUGUUCGCAGGGUCAGUACGCCGCCAUGCAGGAGUCGGAGCAAUUGGCUGGUGCAAAUGGCAGCAACCCUUCCUCUUCAUCGUAGUUGCUCUCCGCAAUACGAUCCGCUAGGCUGUGUACUAUCACGUCAAAAUGAAGCUACAGUAAUCCGAAUACGUACUUCAAAGCACCGUUGAAAAUUUGCCGUGUAUUACUGUAUAGUUCAUGUAGAUUGCUUGCCAAAUUAAAAUUUUCCUUGAAAUUUUUCUCUAAAUGCAUACAAUUGUGAUAUUCCUAUUUGUCAACAUGUGUCUUGUGGGGGUGGGGGAAGUAACCACGAAUGGCAAACUGUACUUACGAAAUAUGAAGAACGCAAAAACUAAUGAAGUGUGUUUUGAAAUGUGAGUAUAAUGCUAUUGCCAAACUGUAGAUGGUGAUAUAAUAUUAUAUGAGCCUAGGUUUGUAUAACUAUAAGAUGGAGGUGGUGUGCAUAAAGAUUAGCUUGGUUCCUAUUACGCCAUAGUGGCCCUUUGGUUGACGACUGCUUUCAGUGUCUGGGGUAUCUUCCCUGCGAAUUUGUCAUAACUGCAAUAGAGCAGAAAAACAAAUGUAGUAGGUUCAUAACUUCUCCAGAGUAUCUAGUGCCCUAGUAUUUUCUAGUGUACAAGUCACACUUUUG